GCUGUUGGCAACAGCCCUGGGGCACUACGUUGAUGACUUCAUUGUGGUCGAGACGGAAUCUGUCGUGCAAAGUGGGUACGAGCAGUUCACAAGAAUGAUGAGAACCUUGGGCCUACGCAUGAAGGAACGGAAGGCACUCCCACCGUGCACACAGCAAAAAGUCCUGGGCAUCAACAUGCACAUCACACAAGACAGCGUGGUUCUGUCACCACACCCAGAAAGAUGCCAGAAGGCCUGCUCCACGAUGAUGAGAGCGCUCCAGAAGAACGAGCUCUCGAACGAUGAUGCCCAUCGACUGGCAGGCAAGCUGGUCUUUUUGACCUCGACCCUCUUUGGGCAACUGGGCAGAGCAGCGCUGCAACCAUUGUAUGCACGCGCGCAUGGACUAUCCAAUGAUGACCAUCAGGGUCAGCUCAAUGCCCGCUGCGGUCAGCAUUACAGACACAUCAUCCUCUACUCCGAUGCUUACUUCGUCAUGGACGGCCAGAGAUUCUCUCCGGGAUCAGAUGGAAUUCCGAAACAGACGCAUUCCAACGUGGGUCAUCGAAAAGUAUUGCACCAGAAAGGCAUGCAUAUACUUCCUGGAGGUGGCAGCCCAGUGCAUGGGCCUGCUACUGUGCAGAUCCAUGCAGUCAACGAUGGUGAUCUCCUUCAUCGACAACACAUCAGGAUUCUUUGCUCUACGCAAGGGCUACUGCAAAGACCCAGCAAUAUGCAACAUGAUAGCACUGGUAUGGAAGGGGUGAUCGCUCACCAAGGGUGGCAUCUUCAUCUCGAAUGGGUCCCCUCGGACCUCAACAUCAGUGACCAGGUCUCCAGACAGUCCUUCACAGAGAUGCAUGAGAUUGACGCCGCAUGGACAGACCUGCAUCGCACAGCGACUGACUCUGACCACGCACACGGCACAGCCUUGCACGAUGUGCUCGCUUUGGAACCCCUCUGCUGCAAACAUCUCACACUGGAGAGGUGGGUAGACUGGCGCCAGUGUGGGUGUUAA